AUGAGGUAUUCUGUCGUCGAAACAGAUUUCGGGGAUGAUGAGACGAAGAAUUUCGGUAGGCGCAAUGAAUUCGCCAGUCUUGCGAGCCUCUAUGAAAUAAAAACAUUGGCUACUGUGUCAGGCGAUAUUGAAAAUACGGAGAACGAAGAACCCGGACCCGAAACUGCUUCACCUAUUGUGAUCUCGAAAAGCAAUGAAAAAUGGUUGGCAAUCGCUGUAGGAGAUGACGUUUCCAUUUUCUCGAGCGAUUUUGACCUUGAAUAUCUAUUCACUCAACCUUUCAAAAGUGGUACUAAUAUUCGCGGUAUUGAAUGGUUAGCAGACAGCCAUAUUCUCGCGGUUGUUUCCUCUUCUAUGGAAAUCACGUUUUUGUCAGCUCAACUAAGAACUCUCAUUGGUACUUUGGGUCUACCCACUUCAAGUCCUUGUGACGCAGCUCUUUUAUCUUCUGAUGUCGUUGACGACAAAUGCUACCUUUCUGUAGUUCGCGAAAACGGUGAAACUUUCACUCUUUUUAUCAGUAACUGGGCACAACUAAUUAGCGCUACUAAGGAAACGUUGUUGGAACAUUGCGCGUCUCUCACCAAUGCGGCAACUUCCAUAGCGUGCAGUAAAUAUCCACCGAAGAAUAUCGUAAGCGUUGGAGAUUAUGUAAUUCUGGCUGCCCAGGAAAGGUGUCCUCUUCAAAUAUGUGUGGCGUCAAGUGUAAACUUUAAUUCUUUGGGUGAAAAUGAUGAUACUGCGGAAACUUACGUAAGAGUUCGUCGCUGCUCCAAUGGCCGCUUCCUCGUAAGCCUAACUAUGGGAGGACUUUUUGUUUUUACUGACCUAUGGACUUUCGCUAAAGUCCUUGAAAAAAACAUUCGAACGAACGCAAACGAAUUAUUUCACGACUUUAUGUUCGUCGAAAAGCCAGGAAUCGGUCCAAAGGUUGGGACAAUUGCGACUAUUGUUCAGUGUGGAGGUCACGUUGAGAUGCAAGUUCGCUCUAUGAAGACUCUAGAGGUCACGUAUCGUGUUGCAGUUACUCAAGAAACGACACUGGUACCAGUAUCAGAGACUGCCGAUCGUGUCAUUUUAAUGGUGGAACCCUUUACAGGCAAAAACUUAGCGGAAGGGGAUGCUGUGAAAGUACGCGAAAUAGUUGAAUCUCAACCUGAGAUGAAGUUACAAAGGUUGAUUAGUAGAAAUCAACUGGAUCAAGCGGAGCAAUUCGCAAAUCAAUUUGGUUUAAAUGUUCAGAAGGUUCAUGUUGCACGAAUGAAUUAUCUGUUUUCACAAGCAACAGUUAAUGACUCAGACGAGGAUUUCACGAAGUUGAUGAAGUCGUUUGAAGCCGUGAAAGACCAUAAUUUGGUUGGCGAGACCUGUUUUAAUGGAGCGAUAACAUUCGAUAAAUAUGACAAAAUAAUCAGUCUGCUUGCUUACGCAAAGAAAAGAGCAAUUACCGAUUCGGAAACAAUUGAUCGACUGGCUCAAGCAUCGUUUAUUUUCGCUACUUAUCGCCUGACGAUGGGUCCAGAAAAUGCACACUAUGAUGCCGGAUCUUUAUGGCAGAACUUUGUGGCUGGAGUGCAAGGAGAAGGAGAAUGGUGCGAGUUGUUCUUCGACAUGCUUAGAGCUGGCUUGAUAAAGGAAGCACGAAUUCUGUGGAAUCGGCAUAUCGUCUACAUCGCACGAUGUUUCAAUGGUGUGGAGAAUGAGGAGAUUUCACAUGCAAAUAUGAAGGAUUUCUUUGAGAUUUUACGAGGUGCCAUACUAAAAAAUUUGAGUGUAUGGCGCGAUGCAGUCGCUUUCCUGGAGUUUGACUUCGUUCCCAUCUGUUUGCCGAAGAUGUCCAAAGAGAUGUGCCCUUUACUUGUCGACUUCUUGAUAGACCUAGCACGUGAUCUGGAGAACCUGGACGCGGAAAACUUCCCACUGAAUGCUCUUCACGUAACUUCAGCAUUCGAGCGCGUCUUAGUGAAACAAGUAGAUGAAACUAUAACCGCUACGCGCCAGCUUCGGUCUGAUGCGCUUGGGAAAGUAUCUAGGUUGACAGAGCUUGAUUCCUAUGCAGAAAAUCUGAAGGAGAUAUAUAGACUCAAAACUGUGUACGAUUGCCCGCUCAGCUAUAACACUUUCGUGCUGCUGAAUUGUGAGCAAAUAUGCCAUCAAAUUCUUCAACAGUCUGUGCAAAAUCCAAAUUUUAUGAAGAAGAACGUUGAGAGAUACGCGAGGCAAUAUAUGGCAGAACACAAUCUAGAGCCAGACGAAACGCUCUACCGUUAUGUCGAGGCAGAAUCUUCACGUUCAAGAAAUCUGAUUGGCCGAUCGAGUGCAUGGCAUGACCAGUGCCUAUUAGUCAGCGAAACUAUCGAAAAUCUAUCGAUAAGAUGUAAGGCUGUUUGCAUCAUCGCGAAAGGUGCUCACCCGCCAUGGAGCAGACGCUUAUCAGAAACUGUCCAGUUGGUGCUAAAGAAUCCACAAGUUGAUAUGGACAUUAAGAAAUCGUUGGAAGCGAUCUGUCGUACUGCAGAAAUGGGUAAAAUUUUAAUGUCAUACUCAACUGCUCUCGGCAUGCUGGAUUCAGUCCUAGUUUCUGAGUAUAAUUUCAUCAAGUUUGUUCGAUUUAUGUUCACACAUGACAGAUAUAGCAUUGCUCAACGUUUGGUGGAUGCUGUUAAGAUGGUAGAAACCUACUGUCAAGUAUUUGAAAAACAUUCUCCUUUUGUUUCACUCGUGCGGACUUACGUUUUAUAUGCUGAGUACUUACAUGAGGCUGUAGUAGAAGAACUUACACUAUUACAAUUUUUGGAGGAAGUACGAGUUGAAAAGGGAGAGCACUUCCUUGGUGACGUGGCUUCGCUGUUGAUUGACGAUUGGGUGCGCGAAAUUGAUAGUGGCGUCCAAAUUUGGACCGAGCCCUCUUUAUCUCGUCGCAUGGACCUUUUAAUAACUGCAAAAAGUGUGAUCCUAAGGUACAUAGGUAACGAUAAGCGUUAUAUAGAAAUAUAUGAAAAUCUGUGUUCGAUUCAGAAACUGCAGGAGACAUACAGCAUGUAUGUCAUAACACCUCAGCUGGAAAACAGAGAAUGGCGAGAUGCUGCGCUGAGAAACUUCAUUGUUAGAGAGGAGCGUUCUCUACUUGAAGUUAUUGUCUUUUCGGGGAUACUUAGAAUGUCACGUGAUGAAGCCAGUCGAUUGUCUAUCAAACUUGCUAUCGAUUCGGGUAAUUCGAUGGGUACCCUUACAAUUGUUAGGGAUGCACUUCGCUCCAUUCCGGACGUGUCACCGGCUCUUGCAGAAGCAUGUGUUCAUGGGUGCGAGUUUGUGCUCUGGCGCUUGAAAGAAACCCUCGGAAACGGCUCGGAUUCAGUCCCAGAACCGGAAAUGAUCGAUCAGUCAGUUGACUCUGUUUUCAUUCUUUCGCGAGUGCUUCGCAUUCUCGAACCAGCCACCGCCCAUUCUUUGAGUUUGCAGGAGUCUGUUGCGAUGAUGCACGGAUACACAAACAUAUUCAUUCAAUUGGUAAAUCAAUGUAUGCUGGAUGACUCCACGAGCGACUCAUCCAGUGGAAAGGAGCAUUCGAAGUACGAAGAAGUCGUCGGUGCUGAGAACCGUAUCUAUGGUGUGCGUCGUCGCGUAGGCGUUUACCAGAUGCGAAGUGAGGGACCGCUAUUUUCACGUAUGGAAGCGAUUGGUAACGUAGCAGCUGUAGCUCAAAGUGCUGUCCGAAGUGAUGUGCUGGAUGGAGCUACGAGAGCAAAAAUAUUUGCGGAACAAGCUGUAAAAUGGUGCGAUCUGUUCAAUUUCUUAUCGCUUUCGAACCAGGACUUGCUCGAGUUUCAGGCCAGAAUAUAUGCGGCAGCCCUACCCUGUUUCACAAACGGUAAUGGCGAGGAGCUGGGACGAGAUUGUGGACUUAAGGGCCCCGUCAAAAAUGUCUGUCUUCGAGCCCUGCAAGCUCAUCCUUGUGAUCUUUGGACACCAUGCACUCUUCUUUCGUCUCUGUCACCUCAAACUGUUGAAGAAGUAGUGUUGGAAUUGCGCAAUGUUCUAUCGAAUAGGAAAUCUCCUCAAACCAUGAUUAACUUUUUACGUACAGUUCAGUUUGCUAUGAUUCUCACUGGGAACAGUGCUCCGGCUAAAAUGUUGACGGACACCUUCAUCAAGACCCUGUGGGCUAAGAGGCUCGGCAAGGCUGGUCUCUCACCGAUCUUGCCUCGCAAAACGAUCGACACUGCGAUAAGCGAUUUUGCGAAGCAUAAAAUGGAUCCGAGUAUAGUUGUUGAAUACGUGGACGAAUUUUGUGGUCUACACCAGCUGCAGAACCAGUUGCUCAACUAUGCCAUAGAGUUGGUUCAGUUAGCGUCCGCUUGUAAGGAAUUGCCUGAAAUCAAUUCAUUCCUUGAAGUUGCCCAUCAAGCGUUAAAGGUGAACGAAGUACCGAUCGUUGCGGAUAAGGCAUUCGAAGCCUUUCGUGAUAUUUUAUACACUCUUUCUCCAUAUAACUAUCAGGUUCUUUUCUUCAUUAUUUGUCAUUUAAAGUCAAUUUCAAAUGGCAAAGAGAACGUGGCCUUUGUUUAUGGAUGUUCCUCGAUACUUGACUUCCUUAUGGAGACUGAGCGCAAGAAUCCUGUCAGCAAAACAGAACUUGUUUGGUACACCGGUCGUGAGAAGCAACUAGUCAACGACAGGAGGGAUCAGAAUAUUGAGAAUUUUGGUGCCUACUGCAGGUGUUUCUUUGAGCAAGGAAUGCGGCAGUGUUCAAGCAACAACACCACAACGUCGUUCAACGAAGGAAAUGAAGAAGGAAAUCUUUAUGAACGUGAUGUGCUUGUUAUUGCCAUGCCACCAGAGGCUAAACAACGUUUGCCAUUCCAUCCAUUCCUUUACUUGGCUGCUGGCGAUAUGGAGAAGUUCUUGUUACCAAUUGUUGAGAAAGAACUUGACAUUUACAACGUCCUUCGUUGGCAAGCUGUACUGCGGAGUGUGGCCUGGUUAAAGACAUCACCUCACUUCUCUCGAUCACGCUUGCUAUCAGUUGCAGUUGGCAGAAUCAGUGCAGAUGUGAUUUCUAAGGGCCAAGAUCUUUCUUCUGUUGAGGAGAGUAAUAUUCGAAAUCUUCUCAUGCAGACGACAUCACGUAAUGCUGUUGUUAGCUGCGUUGCAAUGUGCUUCAAAAAGUUACCAUUGUGUGAAACAAAGAUUCGACUCAUGGAGAUGGGUAGAGACGUAGCACAACACUGGCUGUCGACUCCCAACAUUGAACCUGCUAUGGACACCGCCGAACGCUUGGCUAUUGAGGACCAGGUAAACCGCUUGAACAUGGCUAUCGAAAAGUACAACACGGAAUUGAUUCUGAAAAAAUCAGGGUUGUACAAUGAAAAAACUUGUGAUCUUAUUGAAUCUCCUGCUGAUUUGAUUGGACAUAUUUACACGAACUGCAUAGAUUGGAAAUCAGCUAAAGACCGCGAAGAGAAAAUAGCUGUGGUCGAACAGCUUGCCAGGGCCAACCAUCUCAGAAAUUUGUCGCAAAUCCAGGAAGACCUAGUCAUGGGUUGGUUGAUAGCAGACAAAGUUGACGACGCCUAUGCAGUAGAUCCAAAUGAUACUAUGGGAAAUGUUGGUCUUGAUUUGGGUAUGUGUGGCAGCGACGAGAAUGAGGUGUUUCUACUACCAUUCUUCGAUGUAGCUGUAGAUAAGAUUGUUCAUGUCUUGAAGUUGAUCAAUAUGGAUAAGAUCAUGGUCGACUUAAUCACCUACUUAAGAAGGGAUGCAUCUACAGUUGCUGGAGGAUUCAGAACUAUUGUGAGAGCAGCUUGCGUCUUGUUACGUGCUUACACAAACACACAGUUAAAGAAGGCAAACUAUGAUCAAGUGAAAAUUUGCGUUGAUUUGGAUGCAGUCUUGUACGGUCGAUUGCUGGAUCUAGCUCAUGUUGAUAUUCCUCUAGACACUUUCCGUAGACAGGAGAAAUCUGUAGUUGUUCGUGGGCUUGUGACCCCAGGAGUACGAUGGACACCUCAGCUUGCCUUCUUGAUUGCUUCGCUAAUUGUGGAUAAUGAGAUUGCUGACAAAUCUGUGGUGGAGAUGGUUUUAAACCGCCUACAAGCUGCUCAGAAACGAGAAAUGUUCGUCACAUUGUUGACGUUCUGUCGACAAGAGAAGAAACUUCAUCGUACAAAAAAUUUGGCCAUGUUGUGGGCUCGAGCUGUCGAUUGGUCUCUUGGUAACAUAGAAAAUGUGACUGGAGAAAUGCGAGACAAAUUUGAGAAUUGGUUCUAUUUCGCUGUAUCCUGUCCGGUAGAAGGAGGACGGGGAUUUGAUUCGAUUAAGAGUGCCUUGCGGGCCCGGAACUACGUCGUGGCUGCUUAUCUUAUUGGUAUUGUAGGGUCGUUUACGCAGAAGUGCUCGACACUUGACUACACAACUGUGAAUCCGCAGCAGGAGUUAGUGUUCAACUGGACAAAUACAGCGAUUAAUGAUGCUUUUCCUAAAACUUUCUCCAUUUUUGCAACUCCAUCAUGUUAUCUUACUACGGGACAGGAACGAGAGAUUAAGCUAUGGUCUCCUUAUCUGACCAAAAAUAAGAAGGUAGCUAUACUAAGAGGAGAAGCUUUCGUUCAUCCUUUUCCGGUAUUGCAUGGAGAUAUGGGUAAACUGACGAUUAUCACAACAAUUGUGUUCUUCAUAUUCCUCCCAUCAUCUGCGUUGGAUAAUGGAUUGGCUAGGACACCGCCAAUGGGUUGGAUGUCGUGGACGGUUUUUCGAUGCCAACUGAACUGCACAACAUAUCCAGAUGCAUGUAUCAAUGAGCACCUAUAUCAAGAAAUGGCAGACAGGCUCGUAUCCGACGGUUAUCGAGACGUAGGCUAUGAUCAUAUUCAUGUUGACGACUGCUGGAUGGCCCGUAUUCGCGAUUCGAAUGGUCGACUUGUUGCUGAUCCCCUCCGCUUUCCCUCCGGAAUGAAAGCGCUCGCACAAUAUGUGAGUCUUGUGUGGCUGUAG